UGGCGCAGGACUUUUGAGUCAAUCUGUGCUUGUUUUUACUAACCCAAUGAACGUGUAAUUUUAAAACUACUGUUUAACACCAAAUAAUUUAAAGUUUUUACAGUAAAGUUUCGGCAACCUUUUUAAAAUGGACAACGAUAUCACAAUGGAAUCACGAGGGUUAAGACCUUUGCACUAUAACUUGUUAAUUGCGGUUGCUUUGUUGUUUGUAUUUUGUACAAACUUUUCCACUGGUGAUAAAAAUAAAUACUAUUCCAUAAAAUCGCUAUGUAGCAGUAAUAUUCCGAUGCUGUAUCCAAGAAUCGAUGGUGCUGUCAUCGAAGGAAAAAAUUAUACUAAUUUGGAUUGCAUUUUGACUUUUCAAACACAAUCUAUAUUACAAAAUUUCGUGGUACGAUUUGACUUUUUGCACCUUGGUUGUGAGGAUCAUUUAUAUAUUUAUGACGGACCACACCCUUUUGGAACGUAUUUGGCGGAUUUAACAUGUACAAAGUCAAACAAAACCAUAAAAAUUAUUUACACCCGAACAAAUUUCGUUACCUUCAAGUAUAGAACAAACUUUUGGGUGGAUAAUUCAAAUGGCUUUAAGAUUGUUGUUACAGCAGUUAAAAACAGAAGGUUCGACUGUAAGGAGUUCAGAUGCAAUCAUCCAGAUGUUUGCAUAUCAAAAGAUCUAGUUUCUGAUGGAAUUAAUCACUGUGAAGAUGGGUCAGACGAAACAGAACAAAUUUUAGCAAAGGGUUCUCGAAAAACUACAAAACGUGUAACAGUUAUUUCUGUUCUGAUGUUGUUAUUACAAUUCUUCAUCUAGCCCAAACCUCUAACAACUUAUCGUGUUACCAAUGCAUCAGAAACACGAACACGCCCUGUGAGCCCCACGAACUCCAACCCUGUCCGCCUGUGUCGGACAGAUGCGUCACACAUAUCUCCAAAAACGCUGAAGAUGGUUUCUCUAUAAAGCGCGAAUGCGGGCUGGGUCCUUGUGGUUUCGACGACGACAUGGUCAACAAAGGACUGGGUUUCGAUUGCGACAGAAGUCGGGCUGAGUACUUUUGUAUUUUCUGCUGCAGGGAUAGCGGAUGUAACAAUAGUGAAUCAGUGUUCGCCGCUUCUUCUUCGACGGCGCUGUUGGUGACCACGCUUGUUGUCACUUUGUAUUGGCGAAAUAAAUUUUUUGCUUAAAGGGAGGGUUUUUUUCAAAAAAACAAUCGUUUGAAAUGUGGUACUUUAUUGAAAAUAAAAAAUAAUACUCUAA